UGUGACACUUCCGGUCUCCCUCCAGUCUCCCUCCACUCUCCUGCAUUCAGCAUCGAAAGUGGACUGACAGACUGACGACGGUAAAUCAAAGACGAAGAAAUGGACGCCGACGAGAUUGAAGGAGACGACUUUGAUGACGGACCUGAUGUGGAAGACGACGAGCCUCUGGAUGAACCAAUUGGCAAUGAACAGGGUGAAAGGAUUGAAGUGAUUACUGACGGAGCUAAUGGACAGGUGGAGCCUCAGAAGAGAAUCACAACAAGAUACAUGACCAAGUACGAGAGAGCCCGUGUCCUGGGGACGCGGGCACUGCAGAUAGCGAUGUGUGCACCGCUGAUGGUGGAACUCGACGGAGAAAUUGACCCUCUGAAAAUAGCAAUGAAAGAGCUCAAGGCCAGGAAGGUCCCAUUCAUCAUCCGACGAUAUUUACCAGACGGAAGCUUUGAGGACUGGGGACUUGAUGAGCUCAUUAUUGACUGACUUGAUUUUCUUCUUUUUUUUUUUUUCCCCCAUCACCCUUCAUGCUGCAUCAUUUUCCUCUGUUUUUCAUGAUCAACAUUUUGCCCUUCAUCACUCACAAUUUUUACUGUACAUGAUGAAAUCAUCCUUUGAUGUAAUAAAUAAUACAAUGUUUGAAAAAA